AUGCCCGACUUCUUCGGCCGGGCCGUCUUCCAAGUCGUCCUUCAUAACCCGACCACGGCGCACCAACUGCAAAAAUUCAGCGAGACUCGCUUCUGCAGCGAGAACGUUGAGUUUCUGGGAAAGGUUGAACAAUACCAGAAGGUAUUGAAUGAUCUUGCGGGUAUCAUGACCUGUAUUCACAAGUCCUACUUGGCAGAUGAGGCACCACGUCAGGUCAGUGUGCCGAGCAAUUUGAUGAAAAACGUACACGGCGAGAUGAAGUCAAUUGUCAAAACGACACUCCCAGCCAUGGAGUCGCUCUUUAGCGACAUGCAGGAGAACAUUGAACAAUUGGUCUUUACCGAUGUGUACCCUCGAUUCGUGCGUUAUCAGCUCGUAUUAAGCGCUACCAAGGCGCUUGCUAGUGAUCGGCAUAGAUACCAGGGGUUGGGCGAUUGUUUCUGUUUGACCAAUCCAACAAAGGCAGAUAACCCCAUUGUCUUUGCUUCCGACGGCUUUGUCAAAGUCACGGGGUACACGCGCCCGGAAAUUAUCCCACGCAACUGUAGAUUCCUUCAGGGUUCCCACACAGAUCGGGAGCCGGUUCGCCGCCUCAAGAUUGCCAUCAACGAUUGUCGUGAAUCCGUCGAGUUGAUUCUUAAUUACAAGAAGAACGGCAAUCCAUUUUGGAACCUGCUAUACGUCGCCCCCUUGUUCAAUGAACAGGGCAAAGUCGCCUUCUUUAUCGGCGGCCAAGUUAACUGUUCAACGACGAUCCACAGCAAUGUGGAUGUCAUGAAGGUACUGUCAACCUCUAAUACAGUCGACCUCGAGGAAGAUGUACCGUCCAAACCCGCAACCAAGCAGUCGCGUCCUCUGCCCUCAGCCCGAAAAGCCCUGUUGAGGGCGUUUGGCGUUCGCAUCAACGACCCUAGGACGAUGGUCCUGAGUGAUGUUGGAAUGGAGGAUAAAGUCCUGAACAGGAUGGAAGGGCAAGAUUUCAAGACGCAGUUGAAGGAAUUUUACACUGCGUACUCCAAGUACAUCGUCGUCCGCGCCGACACCUUCGUCAUCAAAUUUUACUCGGAAGGCAUCACCGAGAUGCUGAACCCGGCCAACACGGCCGACGGUCUCAUCGUCGGCCAGGAAAUCUUCCGCUUCUUCCGCCAAAACAUGGUCACCUCACAGAACGAUUACCGACCCAAGGUCCGCAAUGCCAUCCGCCUCGGCAAUCCCAUCAGCGUUGAUCUGCGUCUGCAGACCCGGCGCAGUGCCUUGUUUCGGGGUGAUGAGAAGUUCUCGUCUCACUGGACGCCUCUUAAGGACGAAAAUGCGGAGGUGCAUUGGAUUGUUAUUACGCUGGCGCCGUUGAUAAGUUCAUGA